AUGGCUCCCUCAGUCGACGUCCAAUCAGUACCACAACAACCCAUCAAAUCCGCCGAUGGCGGCGGUGCCCCAGCGGUCGACCGCGUCAAAGCCAACGAGAUCGCCGAGGACAAGAUCGCCGACCGUCUAGGUGCCAAGGAUAUGUACAUCGAUGCAGAGAAGGAUACAGACUGGUACCUAUGGACCGGCUCAAUCUACGCCAAGCCAUACCGCUUCGAGAACCGCACCGGCACAUAUGUCAUCCGUCUGAAGACUGAGCCUCACGCCGAGCUUGGUAAGCACAGACACAGAGGUCAGGUCAAGGCCUUCACUGUUGCUGGCCAGUGGGGAUAUCAUGAGUAUGACUGGCAGGGAAAGCCUGGUGACUAUGUCUGCGAGGUGCCGGGCACGAUUCAUACGCUGUACAUGGGUGCUGGGUCGGAUGUUAUCUUUGAUGUGACGGGCAGCAUCGAGUUCUACAACGAAGACAACACACUCAGAGAGACCAUGGACGGCUUCAGUUUCUGGCGGAUGUAUGAGGAACACUGCCAACAGAAAGGUAUCAAACCAAACAUGGACCUGUGGUAUUAG